CACUUCAAUUAGGACGUAGGGAGAAGGCACACAUAAUGAAAUUUAAAGAAAUACUAUUUGUAUUGGCUAUAGGAACUGCUAUUAAUGCAGAAUAUGUAAGCUAUGAGAAUUACAAAGUUUACAAAGUAGUACCUGAAACUGAUAAUGAAGUACAAAUACUUUUGGAUUUACAAAAGAAUGUAGAUUAUGUAUUUUGGAGUGAUAUAAUUGCUAAAGAUAGUGAUGUGAAGAUUAUGGUGGCGCCAAAGAAUCAAGAGGAAUUCGAAAACUAUUUCAAGAAUGUCGGUAUUCCGACCAAAGUCGCUAUCGAUAACGUACAAGAUGCAAUCGAUGCUCAGAAGCGUCGCCCUCUUGACAGAAACCUCAACAACUACUCUUGGAAUUACUACCUCUCUUUGGAAGAAAUCAACACUUGGCUUGACAGCAUCGCGCAAAGAUUCCCUGAUGUCGUCACUCCCCUCAUCAUCGGAAACUCUGUCGAAGGCAGAUUCAUCCGAGGUGUCAAAAUCGACUUCAAGAAACAGGAAAAUCCAGUCAUUGGUAUGCUUGAAGGUGGAAUCCAUGCUAGGGAAUGGAUUUCUCCUGCUACUGUCACUUAUAUUAUCAACGAGUUCUUGACUAGUACCAACUCUGAAGUUAGGAACCUUGCUGAAAAUGUCGUGUGGCAUAUCUUCCCUGUUGUCAACCCUGAUGGCUACUCCUAUACUUUCUCUGAUAACAGAAUGUGGAGAAAGAAUAGGAAUACGGCGAACCAUACAACCUGCGGCUCCGCAAGUUCCGAUAUGAGCAACGGAAUUGACUUGAACAGAAACUUCGGAUUUAUGUGGAUGACUGUAGGAGCAACUUUAGAUGCCUGUCAAGAAACUUUCGCUGGACCAGUGGAAUUCUCUGAACCUGAGUCCAGAGCCAUCGCUAACUAUGUCCUGGGUCUAAAGAACCAAGGCAACAUGGUCUACUAUUUCGCUUUUCAUUCAUGGUCCCAAAUGGUUCUAGUGCCAUACAGUCAUGUACAAGGCGAGGAGGUGUUGCAGGCUCCUCAUUAUGCUAAUAUGUUCGAAAUUGCCAUGAGAGGAAUGGAUAAACUUCGAGAAAAAUACGGCACUGUCUACCGAGUGGGAACAUCGGCUGAAAUUUUAUAUGCAGUAAGCGGUUCAAGUUUCGACUGGGUGAAGGGAGUAGCAGAAGUUCCUAUAGUCUACCUCUUUGAGCUCCGUGACGUUGGAGAGUACGGCUUCCUUCUUCCUCCAGAGAGGAUCAUUCUGAACAACGAGGAGAUCAUGGCUGGUUUAUUGGAGAUGGAUAAAGUGACCAGAGGGUUGGGAUACUAUAGGGUAGCGAGUUCAGCAGGGCGUAUCUUCUACAGUGUUGUGUUAUGCCUCAUGUCGUUGUUGCUAGCCAUGUAACUAUUAAAGAGUGAUUAAGAUUUAUGAAACUAAUUUUUGUGCAAUAAAAUUGAAUAACAGUUA